AUGCCUUCGGCCGAUACUUUCGAUCUGCCUCUUGCGAAGAGGCAGAAACGAGUAUCGCAAGUUAAGGCUGGAACACGUGGCUCCAAAAUCUUUGCUCCUUUCCGUACGCUAGGAUUGGUGUCGCCAACGCCCGUUCCCUUUACAUCGGUGCGCCUAGGUAAAUCGACCUUUCAAAUCACAACCUCCGUGGGACAUUCGCUGCAGACUUAUGAUUUGCGCCGAGGUUUGAACCUCAUCUUCCUGAGUCGACCGCAAACACCGGAGAUCAUUACGGCAACAUGUGCGUGGCAGGAUAAGGUAUUCGCAGCUUGGGGCCAUCUCCGGUCACAGUCCCCUGGAGGUGUCUGGGUUUUCAAGCGCGGCAAAAGAGUUGCUGUUCUUGAGGGCCCCGCAGAUCUGAAUGGACCCAUUGAGCGCUUGGUGGUUUUUGGUUCAUGGGUGGUUGGUUGCUGGACUGGUGGCCUUGAGGUUUGGAAAACGGACACAUACGAGCACUAUGCCAGUCUGCGGCCACAAUCCGCUCGUGGAGAGAAGAUCUACACCGGGGUAAUGUGCAAUAUGCCCACUUAUCUGAACAAGAUAUUCGUGGGCCGAUCGGACGGAGCGGUCGAUAUCUGGAACCUUCGCAGUGGAAAGCUUCUUCACACGUUGCCUUCGUUAUCGUCAGAUGCUGGGGCUGUGACUGCGAUUCAACCCACGCCUGCUCUAUCACUUGUCGCCAUUGCCUAUAAGGGCGGUGCUUUGGCUAUUCAGAACGUGAGCUCAGGUCAGCUGGUUUUAUCUCUCAAGAACGCAUCAUCCCGGGGUCUCCCGGUAACAUCCAUCAGUUUCCGCGGCGACGGACUAGGUGCUGGCCACGAUGGCCGCAGCUCAGGUGUUAUGGCCACAGCGUCAAGUGGCAGCGGCGAUAUCACGCUUUGGGACUUGAACAAUGGAGGUCGUAUUGCGGGCAUUCUUCGCGGAGCCCAUCGAGUUUCAAGUGGUGAAAAGCCUAUGGGCGCUAACCGUGUUGAGUUCUUGGAUGGACAGCCGGUGCUUGUGUCAUCGGGCGAUGACAAUUCUUUAAAGACUUGGAUCUUCGACGAAACGCCAUUCUCGCCCAUUCCCAGACCUCUUCAUAGAAGAAACGGACACUCUGCUGCUAUCAGCGCUCUCGAUUUCCUGCCGACAUCUUCGGAUGGUUCCGAGUCUGGCGGCAAGUGGCUUCUUAGCGCAAGCAAGGACUGCAGUCUCUGGGGGCUUAGUCUGCGCAAAGACAGCCAGCAUACCGAGAUCUCGCAAGGUAGCUUGGAACGCAAGGCUAAGAAGGGAGGGCCAUCGAACAUCUCAAGUUCAGAGGAUCUCAAAGCUCCUGAAGUCACAUGCAUUGCCUGCAGCCUCAACCGUGAUGGCGGAAUGGGAGUCACCACUUCUGGUCCGAUCUGGUCGAACCCGAAGGUUACAAACGCCGAUGCCUCCAAUGCAACCGGCUGGGAAAGUGUGGUUACUGGUCAUCGCGGCGACAAAUUCGCACGUACUUGGUUCUGGGGCAAAAAGAAAGCAGGCCGAUGGGCAUUUGCAACCAGUGAUGGAACAGAAGUCAAGAGUGUGACGGUUUCGCAAUGUGGUACUUUCGCUGUCAUCGGAUCAGCUGGAGGAUCUAUCGACAUGUUCAAUAUGCAGUCAGGUUUGCACCGACAAAGUUUCCCAGCUCGCGCCCCAGCUGGCCGGACCACCAAAUCCAAUGCCCAGGUUUCGAUCGCUGCAGCUUCUAAACACACCAAAGCUGUGACUGGCUUGAUGAUUGACAGCUUGAACCGAACCGUUGUGAGCUGUGGUCUGGAUGGCAAAGUGAAGUUUUGGGAUCUCCUCUCUGGGAAAUUCCUUGAUGAGCUAGACUGGCACCCCAUGGCUGCCAUUACUGGUCUUCGUUAUAGCAAGGCGAGCGAAUUAGUCGCCUUCAGUUGUGAUGACCUCUCGAUCCGUGUGAUUGACCUCGAGACCAGAAAGCUCGUUCGUGAAUUCUGGGGAUGUGUGGGUCAGGUCAACGAUUUCAUCUUCUCAAAUGAUGGACGAUGGAUUGUUGCUGCCUCCAUGGACUCGGUGGUACGCGUAUGGGACAUGCCCACCGGGCAUUUGAUUGACAUCUUCCGAGUCUCAAGCACUUGUGUCGCUCUGGCCAUGUCUUCAACCGGUGAAUUCCUUGCCACCGCACACGCCGGUAGCAUUGGCAUCAGCCUUUGGAGCAACCGCAGCCUUUUCAUGCCUGUGACGACCAAGAAUCUGGACGAGAACGUUAUUGAGAACGUUGGGCUCCCGGCAACGUCAGGAGAAGGCGGUGCUGGUCUUAUUGAAGCCGCCUUUGCGGACACUACCGAGCAAGAUGAGGAAGAGGGCCCAGUACUGGCGACGGAACAACUACAACACGAUAUGAUGACUCUGAGUCUUGUCCCCAAGAGCAGAUGGCAGUCAUUGCUUCACCUUGACACUAUUCGGGAACGUAAUCGCCCCAAGGAAGCUCCCAAGGCACCCGAGAAGGCUCCGUUCUUCCUUCCUUCUCUCCUCGGUUCCAGUGGGCCCGAGGCCGCCAAGGAAAUCCCCGGCACUGAGGAUACUGAUGCGGGAUCGGUGGCCAAAAUCGCCGAAGCCGAAAGAUUACGGAUUGCCAAGCUGCAAAAUGGUGGCAACCCCAGUGCUCCUCAAUCUAUCUUCACUCGAUCAUUGGCAUCCGGCCAUGAUUCUGGUGAUUUUAACUCAUUCAUCGACCAUCUCAAGACCUUAUCUCCGGCCAAGGCAGAUCUCGAGAUUCGUUCACUGGAUCCUCGGGUACGUGAUGGACACUCUGAGUUGUCCGAUUUCGUUAUUGCCCUUACUGCUCGCCUGAAGUCAAAGAGAGACUUUGAGCUUGUCAAUGCUUGGAUGGCGGUCUUUUUGAAAAUCCAUGCCGACACUGUGAGUCUCAGCUCUACUCAAGAUGAGCCUCAGUAUCGUCUAUUGCAAGAGGCUCUGGCAACUUGGUCAGCUGAGCAACAGCGGGAGGGAAAGCGCCUGGCUGAGCUGGUGGGCUACUGUCGCGGAGUGGUCGGAUUCUUGCGAUCUGCUCGGUAA